AAACUCACCCUUCCAUAAUCAUUGUUUGUUCCUCAGUCUCACUCCUCUCCCUCUCGCUUCUCUGUAGUUCUUCUUUGUCUUAAAGAUGAAGAAAUGAAAUGAAGUUUCAGAUACACAUACACAAAAAUAAUAAUAAUAAUAAUAGUAUGUAUCCUUUAUAGUUGAGUUGAGUCAACAAACUCAGUGAAGCUUCUCUCUCACUAACAUUUCUCUUCAAAGCUGGAAUUUCAAACAUUAUUCCUUCUUCUCUCUUCUUCGUUGUUGUUGAAAUGUGUGUACCUCAAACGCAUCCACAAGCGCGUGUACAUUCAUAGACAAGUUUGCUUGAGCUUAGGUUUAGUUGUUAAUUAAUAAUGGCUUCAUCAUCGAGAGGGCGAAGUCCUUACUCCUCAUCAUCUUCAUCUUCCUCAUCACUAAUGAACGGUCGGAUAUUGCCGCGAUCAUAUUCCUCAUCAACGACGUCGUUUUAUGGCUCAGGAAAUGGCUACAAUUCCAGAUCCAUGACUACUCCGAGUCACAGUCGUUCCGAUUCGGUAUUCUCACAAGGUUAUGAAAAUCGUACACCGGUGAGUUACCCGUCGGAAGAUGAGUUGAUUGAUGAACCACUUGAUAAUAUGCCUAGAUCCGGAGAUAGUAUUUCUGUCACCGUCAGGUUUCGGCCAAUGAGUGAGCGAGAAUAUUAUAAGGGCGAUGAAGUUGCGUGGUAUGCAGAUGGUGAUAAAACUGUGCGGAAUGAGUAUAAUCCAGCCACGGCCUAUGCAUUUGAUAGAGUGUUUGGACCUGAAACAAGUACUCAGGAUGUUUACGAAGUAGCUGCUCAACCUGUGGUUAAGGCGGCAAUGGAAGGCAUACAUGGCACGGUUUUUGCUUAUGGAGUUACAAGUAGUGGAAAGACACACACUAUGCAUGGAGAUCACAGUUGUCCAGGCAUAAUUCCUUUGGCGAUAAAGGAUGUUUUUAGCAUGAUUCAAGAUACUCCUGGACGUGAGUUCUUACUUCGGGUAUCGUACAUUGAAAUCUACAAUGAGGUUAUCAAUGACUUGCUGGACCCUACUGGCCAGAAUUUGCGUGUCAGGGAAGAUGCACAGGGUACUUAUGUUGAAGGUAUAAAGGAGGAAGUUGUUUUGUCACCCGGCCAUGCUCUUUCAUUCAUUGCUGCUGGGGAAGAGCACCGUCAUGUUGGUUCAAAUAAUUUCAAUUUGUUCAGUAGCCGCAGUCACACAAUAUUUUCUUUGAUGAUUGAAAGUAGUGCCCAUGGUGAUGAGUACGAUGGAGUGAUCUUCUCACAGCUCAACCUGAUUGAUUUAGCGGGAUCUGAGAGCUCUAAAACUGAAACAACGGGAUUACGGAGAAAGGAAGGAUCAUACAUAAACAAAAGUCUGCUGACUCUAGGAACUGUCAUUGGAAAACUAAGUGAAGGGAAGGCAUGUCAUGUUCCUUAUCGGGAUUCUAAACUUACUCGCCUACUCCAAUCAUCGCUGAGUGGGCAUGGACAUGUUUCUCUUAUAUGUACUCUUACUCCUGCUUCAAGCAAUAUGGAGGAAACACAUAAUACGUUAAAGUUUGCAAGUAGGGCUAAACGUGUUGAAAUUUAUGCAUCACGCAACCAGAUAAUUGAUGAGAAAUCUCUGAUUAAAAAAUAUCAGAGGGAAAUAUCAUGUCUGAAACAAGAGCUUGAUCAGCUAAGAAGGGGGAUGCUUGUCGGUGUCAAUCAUGAAGAAGUUUUGAACUUGAGACAGCAGUUGGAAGAGGGACAAGUGAAAAUGCAAUCAAGAUUGGAAGAGGAAGAGGAAGAGAAGGCAGCUCUACUUAGUCGGAUACAGAGGCUAACUAAACUGAUCCUUGUUUCUUCAAAGAAUUCUAUUCCUGGUUAUUUGGGUGAUGCUGCUGCUCAACAAAGGAGUCUUUCUGCUUCUGAAGAUGAUAAAAUGGACAAUUCUAUGCUCACGGAUAGCGAGAAUCAGAAAGACCCUUCGUCAGAUAGUUCUGAUUCUUCCUGUGGUUUAAAGCUGCCCAGAGAAGGUAUCUCAAUGUUAGAUGAAAUGGACCUCCUAGCUGAGCAAGUUAAGAUGCUUAGCGGAGAGAUUGCAUUCAGCAGCAGUACAUUGAAGCGGUUGAUGGAGCAAUCUGUAAAUGAUCCUGAGAGUUCAAGAAGUCAAAUUGAAAGUUUGGAGCGCGAAAUCCAAGAAAAGAGAAAUCAAAUGAGGAUCCUGGAGCAGCGCAUUGUUGAAAACGGUGAAGCGUCAGUUUCUAAAGCAUCAUUAGUUGAAAUGCAGCAGACUCUGAUGAAAUUGAUGACGGAGUGUAGUCAGACGGGCUUUGAGCUUGAGAUAAAAUCAGCGGACAAUAGGAUUCUUCAGGAAGAGCUGCAAAACAAGUGUGCAGAGAACAAGGAACUGCAGGAAAAGAUUUAUCAUCUUGAGCAGCAGCUGGUUGCAGUCAAGGCUGAAAAGUCAUACCCAUCAUCGGAACAAUGUGUAUCUCCCGAAUAUGUUGAUGAACUUAGAAAGAAAAUUCAGUCCCAGGAUAUUGAGAAUGGUAAACUAAAGCUAGAACAUGUCCAGAUCGUAGAGGAAAAUGAUGGGUUACAUGUACAGAACCAGAAAUUGUCCGAGGAAGCUUUGUAUGCAAAAGAAUUAGCAUCUGCUGCUGCUGUUGAACUCAAAAACUUAGCUGGAGAAGUCACAAAGCUCUCGUUACAGAAUGCAAAACUAGAGAAAGAGUUGUUGGCUGCUCGAGAGAUGUUGAAUUCUCGAAGUUCCAUGGCACAAACUGGUAAUGUUGGAAGCCGAAAGCAUGGUGAGAACCUACGGCCAGGGCGUAGAGGUCGGAUCUCUGGCAGAGGAAGUGAAAUUCCAGGAGCGAUUCAUGAUGACUUUGACACAUGGGACCUAGAUCCUGAAGAUUUAAAGAUGGAGUUGCAGGCCAGAAAACAGCGGGAGGCGGCUCUGGAGGCUGUCUUGGCUGAGAAGGAAGUUGUGGAAGAUGAGUACAGGAAAAAGGUUGAAGAGGGAAAGAAAAGGGAGGCAGCCUUGGAAAACGAUUUAGCAAAUAUGUGGGUGCUUGUUGCUCAGCUGAAGAAAGAGAGUGGUGCUAGGCAAGAUACAAAACUGGCAGCUGAAAGGCAGAAUGUAGAAGACAGUCUGAAUGAUGUAAAAAUCAAUGAUAUCAACCACAAGGACCAGAUCCUCGUUGAUAGCCUAGCCGUGAAUCAUACAACUCCCAUUGCUGAGGCUCCCAAGGAAGAACCGCUUGUGGCUCGCUUGAAGGCUAGAAUGCAAGAGAUGAAGGAGAAGGAACACAGGCACUUGGGAAAUGGUGAUGCAAAUUCACAUGUAUGUAAAGUGUGUUUUGAAUCACCCACUGCUGCAAUGCUUCUUCCAUGCCGCCAUUUUUGCUUGUGCAAAUCUUGCUCUCUUGCCUGCUUUGAGUGUCCCAUAUGUCGGACAACGAUUGUGGAUAGGAUUUUUGCUUUUACUUGACAUUGUUUUUCAAGGUCAUGAUUAUGGUGAAAAGAAAGGCUUUCAUUGUCAACUCACCAUUUCUGUAACAUUCUUUAAUUAGUUCACCCGUGUGUUGUAACCUUACAAUGAUAUAUUAUUUUCCCUUGUUACUUCACAAACUGUAAAAUAAGACUACCCAAAGAACUGCAGGAAAGAAAGAGGAAAGGAUGUAAAUGAGUAAAACUGAAGGUUUCAGGAAGCUGCUGUGGCAUAUUUAUUUUGAUCUCUUGACCUUCAGCUGCAAUGUAUAGAACAAUGCAAACUGCCAUAUAGUGUUUGUGUCUGUAUAUUUUUGACAAAA